AUGAAGCAAAUUUCGUGUGAAGGGCAUAAUAUUUAUGGAUGGAAAAGGACUACACCUGUUGAUAAUUCCCCCUCAUAUAAAGUAUAAUGGAGGCAAUCAAUCGGUACUUGUGACAGUGACCAUUGAAGGAUGGUGGCACAUGCCCUGCUGUCGUAUCAUACCUUCAAUGGACGCUCCGAUGCUCCCGUACGGAUCACCCAACGGCUCAGAUUGUCUCUCCUCCAAACUCUUCUUAACUCUCCCUUUUCUCUGCUUUUUGUUUUAUUGCUGCUUCAGUACCCUAUACCCACGCUACUGCUAUGGAAGAAGAAGAGGAAACUCUCUCAUUUCCUUCUUCUUCCACUUCCCGACCUUGAGAUCUAAAAUGGGGUUCCCUUUUUUCUUUCUUUUGUUUUAAAAUUUCAGGGUUUUUCGUUAUUUCCUCUGCCAAUUGCUGCAUGAGUGAAGAAACUAAGCUUGAUAUGAAGCUUUCAUCAUCAGGCCAGGGUCAGCAGGCUCAUGAAGGGGAAAACAAGUGCUUGAACUCAGAGCUAUGGCAUGCCUGCGCUGGCCCACUGGUUUGUCUACCAACUGUGGGGACCCGUGUGGUCUACUUUCCUCAGGGUCAUAGCGAGCAGGUAGCAGCCACCACUAACAAGGAAGUUGACACCCACAUUCCGAAUUACCCCGACUUGCCUCCUCAGUUGAUAUGUCAGCUCCAAAAUGUUACCAUGCACGCUGAUGUUGAGACAGAUGAAGUAUAUGCCCAAAUGUCGUUGCAGCCUUUGACGCCUGAAGAGCAGAAGGAUACAUUUCUUCCUAUGGAGUUGGGAAUUCCAAGCAAGCAGCCAACCAAUUAUUUCUACAAGACACUGACAGCAAGUGACACUAGUACCCAUGGUGGUUUUUCUGUUCCUCGUCGUGCUGCUGAGAAAGUCUUUCCGCCACUGGACUUCUCACAGCAGCCUCCAGCUCAGGAACUUAUUGCAAGGGAUCUUCAUGACAUUGAGUGGAAAUUUAGACAUAUAUUUAGAGGACAGCCUAAACGCCACCUUCUUACUACAGGCUGGAGUGUGUUUGUUAGUGCCAAGAGACUUGUUGCAGGGGAUUCUGUUCUUUUUAUUUGGAAUGAAAAGAACCAGCUUCUUUUGGGAAUUCGCCGUGCCACUCGCCCACAAACUGUAAUACCAUCAUCUGUUUUAUCUAGUGAUAGCAUGCUCAUUGGACUACUUGCUGCUGCAGCUCAUGCUGCGGCAACUAAUAGCUGCUUUACAGUAUUUUAUAAUCCAAGGGCUAGUCCAUCUGAUUUUGUAAUACCCCUUUCAAAAUAUGUCAAAGCUGUUUUCCACACACGUGUCUCGGUUGGGAUGCGUUUUCGGAUGCUUUUUGAGACAGAAGAAUCAAGUGUUCGUAGGUAUAUGGGUACAAUAACUGGUAUAAGUAGUUUGGAUCCUGUUCGUUGGCCAAAUUCCCAUUGGCGGUCUGUGAAGGUUGGUUGGGAUGAGUCAACAACUGGUGAGAGGCAGCCAAGGGUAUCAUUGUGGGAGAUUGAGCCUUUAACAACAUUUCCAAUGUAUCCAUCUCUAUUUCCCCUCAGAUUGAAACGCCCUUGGCAUCCGGGUUCCUCAUCUUUGUUUGAUAACAGAGAUGAUAUAUCUAAUGGGUUAUCGUGGCUAAGGGGAGGAUCUGGAGAGCAAGGACUACAAUCUCUGAAUCUUCAGUCCAUCUGCUCACAUCCAUGGGUGCAGCAGAAACUAGAUUUGAGUUUCCCUGGAAAUGAUUAUAAUCUGCAGUACCAACAUAUGCUGGCCAAUGGGUUGCAGAACUUGGGAAGUGGGGAUCUGCUGAGACAGCAGUUGCAGCAAUCUUUUCAAUAUGUUCAACAGCCAGGCAGCCAUAAUUUACUGUUGCAGCAGCAGCAGCAGCAGCAGCAGCAGUCUGUUUCACAGUUAGUUCCACACAACAUUGUGCAGGCACAGCAAUCCCAAAUUCUAAUCGAGGGUUUUCUCCCAGUCCCUGGACGGGAACAAGUAGGCAAUCAAUCGGAGGAACUGGCUCAGCAACAGCAUAACAUGACUCAAAGUGAUCAGCACCAGCAGAGGCGGCCGGUGAAUGUGCCUUCAUUUCUGAAACCAGAUUUUAUUGACUCAGGAUCUGGUCCCCCUGUUCUGGAUAUGCUGGGUUCAUUGUGUCCUGAAAGCAGUGCAAAUCUUUUGAACUUCUCCACAACUGGUCAGUCAAUGCUAGCUGACCAGUUACCCCAACUGUCCUGGGCUCCGAAGUAUGCUCAUUCAGAUGUAAAUGCCUUUGCUGGCUCAACAUCAGGUCCACAAGUUUCUCCUGGAAAAGAUGCUACGAUAGAGCUAGAUAUUGGUACCUCUGAUGCUCAGAACUCUACUGUUUUUGGUGUUAACGACGAUUCAUUUGGCCUUCUACUGCCCACCUCAAUGCAUGGUUUCACUACAUCUUCAAGUGAAGCUGAUAUGCCCUCAAUUCCAUUAGGGGAUCCCUCAUUCCAGAAUCCUUUGUAUGGUUGCAUGCAAUACUCUUCAGAGUUGCAGAGCACAGGGCAAGUUGACCCACCAACUUCAUCUCAAACAUUUAUCAAGGUUUAUAAAUCAGGGUCGGUGGGGCGCUCAUUGGACAUCUCCCGGUUCAGCAGCUACCAUGAGCUGCGAGAGGAGCUGGCUCAGAUGUUUGGAAUUGAGGGGAAGUUGGAAGACCCUCUUAGAUCAGGCUGGCAGCUUGUAUUUGUCGACAGGGAGAAUGAUAUUCUUCUCCUUGGAGACGACCCAUGGGAGGCAUUUGUGAACAAUGUUUGGUACAUAAAGAUACUUUCACCAGAGGAUGUGCAGAAGAUGGGAUAGCAAAAGGUGGAAGCCUUAUUAGCCAAUCUUGAGGUCAGGAGAUGAAUAGCAGCUGGCACUGGCUCCGGUGGCUGAGAUCAUGUACGAGUCUGUGUGGACUGUACCUGUUUGUUGAGUUGAAUAAGAAUAAAAUUGCUGUGGAUUUUUGCAGUAUCCACUCCUAGUGUGAACCACCUCCCUACUGAUGUGCAAGCAUUAUUAUAAAUCAGAACCUGACUUGAUUAGUGACGACUUUUUGUUAUAUCAUAAUGGUUAUGGUAUUUACAUGCUUUACUUGCAAA